AAGAUCCAUCCAAGAUAGAGUUGAUAUCAUGAAUUAAAAUAUAAGAGUUAUGUCGGCGUAUUAUCCACGACGCGGUGUUUGAUCUAAACAUUCGAAUGGUUUGAGUGGCCUGUCGUUCGCCAUGGCAUCGUCAGAAGCAAAUCAAGAGAUUCCAUCGAACGGAACCACAAAGAAACAAAUCGUUCUCAAUGGGUUUGAUAUGUUCACAGUUGGCCACCUCUCCUUUGGCCAAUGGAGGAACCCCACGGACCGGGCCAAGGAUAAGCGCCGGGACUUGUCAUAUUGGACAGACCUCGCGAAACUCCUUGAGAAAGGGGGCUUCUUAUCGCUUUUUCUUGCGGAUACGUACGGCGUCUAUGAUACAUAUAAAGGCAGUCCCGAGCCUGCUAUCCGGACGGGAAGCCAGUGGCCGAUGGCUGACCCCGUAAUUCCGGUGUCGGCCAUGGCCGCAGUCACCAAGAGACUCGGAUUCGCCGUGACGACUUCGACUUCGUAUGAACAGCCCUACGUAGUGGCGAAACGCUUCAGCACCCUCGACCAUCUGACCAAAGGUCGUUUCGGCUGGAAUAUUGUGACGAGCUGGAAGGAGUCGGCAUCGAGAGCGGUCGGGCUCCCAUAUGUCGAACACGACAAACGCUACGAGAUUGCGGAUGAGUAUCUGCGGGUCCUGUAUAAGCUUUGGGAGGGUUCGUGGUCGGACACGGCUCUGCUCGAAGACGCAGAGAGCGGCGUUUACACGGAUUAUAAGCAGGUCAGGAGUAUUCACCAUCACGGUGAAAAGUUCCGCGUAGACGCCCCCCAUAUCGUCGACCCCUCGCCGCAACGGACGCCGGUAUUAUUCCAAGCAGGCACAUCACCAGCGGGGAUCAAGUUCGGCGCGACGCACGCCGAGGGCAUCUUCGUAUCGGGGCUAUCGCCGCACAUCCUGGCCCCGCGCGUCAAGGCGAUCCGGGAGGCGGCGGCGGCGGCGGGGCGAGACCCGGCAUCGAUCAAGGUGUUCGCGAUGAUCACGCCGAUCAUCGGGGCGGACGCGGACGACGCGCGGCGCAAGUACGAAGACGCGCUGCGGUACGUGCUGGUCGAGGGCGGGCUCGCGCAGUUCAGCGCGACAACGGGCGUCGACGUGUCGCGCUUCGACCUCGACCGCGAGCUCACCGAGCACGACAUCUCCGCCAUCGCGCGUGUUCACUCGGCCGUCGGCAACCUGCGCUACCAGGGCGACGACGUCCCGCGCCUCACGCCGCGUAACCUCGGCGUCGUCAGCGCCAUCGGCGGCAUGGGCGCCAUGCCCGUCGGCACCGCCGCCGAGGUCGCCGACGAGCUGGAGCGCUGGAUCGAUGUCGCCGACAUUGACGGCUUCAACCUUGGGUACGUCGUCACCCCUGGCAGCUUUGAGGAUGCCGUCAACUACCUCGUCCCCGAGCUCCGCCGCCGUGGCAGGUACCCGCCCGAGAUCCCCGAUCACGGCGCGGACGGGUUGCCAUCGACACCGACCUUCAGGGAGCAGAUCUACGGAAAGGGUCAGGUGCACCUCAGGGCCGAUCACCCGGGUUUCCGAUACAAGUAUGACACAUACGAGGACGCGAUAGCGCAGGAGGAAUUGGCCAGGAGCGCUAAAAACAACGCCGAAACGAUAACUUGACGAGGGGUUGCCAUGAGAAGCAAAGCAAUUAUAGGUAGGAGAGACCAUUACCAAUGAUACGAAUCGGGUUAUACGCGUUCUGUCACGUAAAACGUGGACGCCUACGAUACGCUUUGCCGUAUGUAGGCAUAUAAGGGCUGGUUCAAUUACUACGUGACACGUUCGCAUCACGAGGCUAUUCUAGACAGCGCUGGAUGCUUGCUAUGAUAGACUGGCUUUCGACCACGAAGUCGUUGCUGGUUUUCCUCCCUCGAGUAUCGUGCUUCCUCUUCCGAUUGGGACCGACAGAGCCGAGCGGCUGGCGCUCGUGAACGACUGACCGUUCCAAGUCCACAAUCAUAGGGUUUCCGCUGUGUAUGUCGUAGAGUACAUUCCGUU